AAAUGUUUAGGUGCCGUUAAUGACAGAGUAAUUUCGGGGAACAACAAGUUUCAGUGUUUUAAGUAUGUCGGAUUGGGCUCAGAAAGCUGAGGAUCAAGAAAUAUCUAGAUUGGUUAAUUGUCUAGAAAUAAAGAAGGAGGAUGACAAAGACAAAUUUGAAGAAAACGCUGACGUCCCCAGUGCUGCUGAAACAAGUUUGCUUCUCAAGAUAAUUCGAAAAGGACUUGUUGAAUCUAAUUUGGAUUUAGAAGUACAACGCAAGGACCCCAAAUCUCCACUGCAUUCCGUAAAAACAUUUGAAGCGCUGCAUCUAAAACCCGAGCUGUUAAAAGGUAUAUACGCUAUGGGGUUUAAUGCUCCUUCCAAAAUUCAAGAAACAGCACUUCCAACAUUACUUGCGGACCCUCCCCAGAAUAUGAUAGCCCAAAGCCAGUCUGGAACCGGUAAAACAGCCGCAUUUGUUUUAGCAAUGUUGAGUCGGGUUGAUAUCAAAUUGGAUUUUCCACAGGUUCUUUGUAUUUCGCCUACUUAUGAGCUUGCAAUACAAACUGGUGAGGUAGCUGCUCGAAUGGCACAAUUUUGUCCGGAAAUUAAAUUAAAAUUUGCUGUUCGUGGUGAAGAAGUUACUCCAAACACGAAACUAAAGGACCACAUAAUAAUUGGAACACCUGGAAAAAUUUUGGACUGGGGAUUAAAGUAUCGUGUUUUUGAUUUGAAAAAAAUACGAGUGUUUGUACUAGACGAAGCAGACGUAAUGAUUGCAACACAAGGUCACCAUGAUCAAUGUAUUCGAAUUCAUAAACAACUUUCUUCGAAAUGUCAAAUGUUGUUUUUCUCUGCAACGUACGAUAAGGAAGUUAUGAAUUUCGCCCAGCAUAUAGUACCUGAUCCUACUAUUAUACGACUUAUGAGAGAGCAAGAGUCGCUAGAAAACAUAAAGCAAUAUUAUGUAAAAUGUAUGAAUGAAGAAGACAAAUAUAAUGCAAUUCAAAAUAUUUAUGCCGGAAUAACAAUAGGUCAGGCUAUAAUAUUCUGUCAUACUCGUAAAACUGCUGGAUGGCUGGCAGGAAAGAUGUCAUCGGAUGGCCAUUCUGUUGCUGUGCUUUCCGGAGAUUUAACGGUGGAGCAAAGGCUUGCAGUUUUGGAUCGAUUCAGGGCUGGCCUCGAAAAAGUUCUCAUAACGACAAACGUACUCUCAAGAGGUAUUGACAUUGAACAGGUUACGAUUGUUGUUAAUUUCGAUUUACCCAUGGACGCAAAGGGGAACGCUGAUUGCGAGACAUAUUUACAUAGGAUUGGUCGUACUGGAAGAUUUGGCAAAAAUGGUAUAGCAAUUAAUCUGGUUGAUGGAGAGAAGUCUAUGAAUAUUUGCAAGUACAUUGAAAACCAUUUUAAGAAAACUAUUCAGCUUUUAGAUACAGGCAACUCAGAUGAAAUUGAGAAGAUUGGAUAUUAAUAAAAUGUUAUAAAUUACCUAUA